GUGGUGUGCGGUUCGCAGCGACUGACACGGCCGCCUCGAUCAGAAAGAACUCGCCAAAGGAAUACUGAAGUCGUAACUAGUGCCGAUUUAAGAUGCUAACUUGGGCCACCCUGGCGGUAGCGUGCCUCCAUCUGGUGCACCAUGCCGCCGGACACGGACGCCUGAUGGACCCUCCGGCACGCAAUUCCAUGUGGAGGUUCGGGUUCCCGAACCCCGUCAACUACAACGACAACGAGCUCUACUGCGGCGGGUACUCAGUGCAGUGGGCUCAAAACGGCGGCAACUGCGGCCUCUGCGGCGACGCUUACCACGAGAAACCGCGACCUCACGAAGCUGGAGGUCGCUACGCCAACGGUAUCAUCACCAGGCACUACAGCGUAGGUCAGACGGUGGAUGUGGAGGUCGAACUCACCGCCAACCACUACGGCAGGUUCGAAAUAGCGAUCUGUCCCAACAACAACCACAAGAAGGAACCGGAACUCGAGUGUUUCGACAAGUACCCGCUCCGGUUGACGGGUACCGAUGACGUGGCCUUCCAAAUCCCCGAAGACGGUGUCAAAAAGGCCGUGUUCAGGUACCAGGUGACGUUACCGCCUUACGUCACGUGCACUCAGUGCGUCCUACGCUGGGUGUACUACACGGGCAACCAAUGGGGCAUGUGCUCGAACGGUACCACAGCGCAGGGCUGUGGUCAGUCGGAAACGUUCGUCAAUUGCGCCGAUGUCAGCGUCCUGCCUAAUUCGGUGGGCGCGAUUCCGCCAUUGUUCGUGGGCCUGGACAAUCCGUACCUCUUGUACUACCAAGACUCGACCAAACUCGCGCCCUACAACCUGCAACCGUUGGUCAUCAGGGAGCAGGUGUGCGAAGCUACGAGAGCUUUCCGUAGGGUUCCGGGUAUGAGGGCCUGGUGCCAGGAGAAUUGCCUGCGGUACCCGCCCAACUGUCCCUCGCAGGUGUGCCGAUGUCCCACUACGUGCGACGCCAUCGGCAAAUACAAAGGGCAAAAGGGAGCGGACGUCUACUGCAUGGACAAAUGUCUGGUGUAUCCGGGAGAUCAAUGUCCCGAAUCCGACUGCGACUGCUACGAAGAAACCAACGAGAUUGUCUGACAGCUUCGGCGAGAUUCGUCAAUAAAAAUUA